AUGGCAUUCCGAAGUAUGGUCACCGGAGCAGAAUGCUCCACGGGAUCAAACCCAUUAUCUCAAAUUAUGAAGCAAGUCAACGAUGAUCGUUCGCUUUUGAAGUUCCGUACAGGAAUAAGGCCUGAUAUAGAUAUACAAGAUGAUAAGUUUGCCCAACAGUUCUUCGAUCAAAGAAAUUACUCUCAUUUACCAGAUGUAAUGCCACUCGUUCACGAUAUUCCAGACCCCAGGUUACAAGAUUGGAGUUCGGAAUUCAGAAACUUUCACCAUGAUCCAUACUCGUCAACUUUGGAAGCGGCGGAAGCAGCGGAAAUGGAGUUGGCUUUUAAAAGGAUGGCUAUUCAAGGUAAUUGGAAUACAGAAUUCCUGUAUAACCCAGACGUAUCUACGACACCUUUUGCGGAAAUACCUCCAGAGUUUGAAGUGGCGUUUGAAAAAAAUUUUAAUUUGAUUGAUGAUAAAGGAAAGGGAAAAGAAAAAGUUGUUGAUGCUGACUCCCUCAGUUGGGAAGAACAAUUUAUGAUCGCGCAACGAGAGGCAGAGAAUGCGCAAGAAACUGAUGACGGAUUACGUGAGAGUUUCGAGAAAAUUUGGUCACAAUUUCGAUUACGAGAUUACACAGAUGAAUCAAACAUCGAGUCUCUGGAAGAGAUUUUAAAUAAUACUUUUAGUGAAGGUCAAUCUUCAUAUUUGGGGGAGUAUGAAUUUGAAUCAAAUAAUAUCUAUCUUGAAUAUCCCAACCCUCUGCAGGAAGGUUUAGAAAUAAUGGAAAGAGGUGGAUCUUUGUCCGAAGCGGCCUUAGCAUUUGAGUCUGCUGUUCAGAAGGAUGAUAAUGAUUCUAAUGCAUGGAUGUUGUUGGGGAGUACGCAGGCCCAAAAUGAAAAAGAGGAGUCCGCAAUCAAGGCCCUGCAGAAAUCCGUCGAACUAGAUGGUACCAAUUUAUCCGCUCUUAUGAAUCUUGCUGUCAGCUACAUUAACGAAAGGUUUGAUCUCGAGGCGUACCUCACUCUUGAAAGGUGGCUUACUGUAAAAUAUCCAGAUGUGGUAGCCCAGGCGGCACCCAUGGACAGAACUAUAGACACGCAUACUCGAGUCACUGAUCUUUUUCUAAAAGCUGCCCGUUGCGCGCCGGAAGGUCAGGAAAUGGAUCCCGACGUUCAAGUUGGGCUGGGUGUCCUCUUUUAUGGUAGUGGAGAGUCUGAUAAGGCCAUCGAUUGCUUCGUGUCGGCGCUAAAAAUUCGAAAAGAUGAUUACCAGUUGUGGAAUCGCUUAGGUGCCACUCUAGCUAAUUCUGGUCGUUCAGAAGAUGCCAUCGAGGCUUAUUAUAAAGCUUUAGAGUUAAAGCCCACAUUUGUUCGUGCACGUUUCAAUCUGGGAGUUAGUUGUUUGAAUAUUAAAUGUUAUCAAGAGGCGGCCGAACAUCUACUUGGUGCUCUAAGUAUGCAUCAAAUGGGUCCGGGUAAUGAUGGAAUAAAGAAUGCUAGUAAUAGCCUUCGAGAAACUUUAGAGAAAACAUUUCAAUCGAUGAAUCGAAGUGAUUUAUGUGAAAAGCUUAAUAACGGUCUAGGUAUUGACCAAUUUCGAGACGAAUUCGAAUUUUAG